CGAGCGCCACAGAAGGCGCCCGAAGCUCCCGAAGUCGAGGCUCCACGCUACACCUUCAGAAGUGGAUGACGCAACUACCAGAGGCUGAAGAGCUGGACCCACCUGAGCCUGACAUGGAGAUGUGGAGCGUAGAAGAACUGAGGAAGCGGUCAAAAGAGCUAAACCUCCUGGAAGUGGCCGAGGUGAGCACCAUGAAUGGAGACAAGAGCUCGCCGAGUGAGAAGAAGGAGACAGACCGAAGCCCUUCUAAGAGCAGUAACUCCGGGAGUCAAAUCACAGUCCGCACAAGUCCAGUGGUUGUCGACACGAUCCCAGUCUGCCGGCAGUGUCACAAGAAGUGCCUCUCGAAGCCCAACAGCCCACUUAUAUCGCAGAAGGAGCCCCCAAAGCCCAAGGAGGCACCCUCACCACAGAAUUCGUCGCGUAAAAGUCCUACAUGCAGUGCCAAUUGCGGUAACAGGAAACCGAAAACCUUCUCCACGCAUUUAGAGCGUAAAGGUGCUAUCAAGAUACGUCCAGAAGAUGCUCCUAAAGCAGCCAUGAGAGUCAUAGACUCCAUAGAGCAAAGUCAAAGAAUGCUCAAAUCUACGUCCUAUGAUCUAAAAACUGAAUCCCCCCUAUUAAGCAGAAGUCUACACUCAACGAAUAAGAGCCAACUCGAGUUGAGGAAAGAUACUUCUAUUAGAUCUCCCAGCCCUUCCUCCGGUUCUAGAAAUAAUAGCCCUUUAUCCACUAGUCAUACUACUUGUAGCUCGAUGGUGUUCAAUUCUAGCUCUAAUGAUUUAAGAAUGUCUAGCUCUAAUAUUUCUAACCAAGUCCAGUGCGUUAUAGCUCAAGAGAGAUACCUGAACGAAGUAAAAUGCGUUGAAAGCGUUACAUUGUCAAAGACAAAAAACAACAACGCUAACUACCCAUCCCCGGCGACUAUAAGGAAAGAACAAAUAACUAGACAAAAGGCUGAAAAUGUGCUUAAUAAAGUAUUAGGUAUGAACAUUAUAACUAAGAGAGAAAACGUUGGAUCAUGCCUCAAAACGUCAUCGGUGUUUUUAGAUGACGAUUCGGUGCAUGAAGAUGAGGACUUUAAAAUUGAAAGGGGAUUGAGGAGAUCUCCUAGGAUGGGUAUAUCAGCGGUUACAAAAAUGAACGGUGAUAUAAAUAAGAAGACUGAAGACGUGAACGCUAAUACGUGUAAUGAUGCGUCUGACGAUGAUUUAGAGCUGGGCCCUCUCAUGUUGAUGGGGUUGUCGGCGAUCAAUCCUGCGGCGCAUCUGAUGCGAGUGGAGCCUUUUAAGAAGGCGUCUGCGGCCAGCUUGAAUGCUAACUCGAGGCCGGAAAGCCUGGGCUCCAUAAAAUGUGAAUCCCCGGUCAACAUUUCGGUGGUGCCGCCGACACCGGACUACAAUUCUGUUGAUAAGACUGAUACUCUAGUAGACGAAUCCCCUGAGUCGCCGGACGCACCCGAAGACCUGCCUUACGUGUCACUCAAGAGAUCCGGCAACAUUGAUUUCAGAUACGGCACGAUGUCGAGUCUCGAACGGCUGCCGUCCGACGAAACGGACGACGGGAAUGUGAGGACGGAACCGGAGCCGGCUAAACCGUAUAAUGCAGUGUCAGGAGCGGCCGGCGGUAUAAUGGGCUGGACGGCCAGGGCCGGCUCGUUCGUGGUUGAAAAGAUGAACAUCUUCAGUUACACUGAGAGCGUGCCCAGCACAGCGCUUGCGCACAAACAGCCGUCUUUCCUAGAAAGAUGCCUGGGCGUCAGCGAUUGGAAGGCUGUAGCGGAAGACGGCACGGCGGAGACGGGGGACGGGAGUGGGGCGAGCGGGGAGGAGGCGUGGGGCACGCCCUCGUCGGGGGACCUGUCGGACAACCUGCCGGACUCGGAACAUGGGACGCUCUCUUCUCCUACGAAGUCCUCGUCAUCGUACGCUGGCGACGACGACACCGAGCUCAUGAUGGACGAGCUCCUCAUGGCACCCACCAUCACUGGUCCUACCACACUCAGGCCACUCUUACCCAGGAGAAGACUGGAGCCCUUGAUGGAGGAGGAGUGUUCAGACAGCGGGAGCGAAGACAAUAAGCAGACGCCCACCAACUCGGAGGACCAGGGCAGCGCGCGUGGACUCGCUGCUGACGACUACUCCGUCGCGCGCCAGCCGCCCUCUGCAUUAGAGUCAGAAGCAGGGGGCGGGGGUGGCGCGCGGGCUGGCGGGGGGUGCGGUGCCGGCGCGGCCGAUCUGAGCCCAGAUCGGACGCCCACCAACGAGGCGCCCUUACCGCUCUUACAAUCUGCUUCAAGAGAGUAUGCGGAGCGUGCCGCUGUUGGACGCCGGGGCUCAGCCAGCUCAGCAAGCACGCCCUCCACACUCGAGCGCACCGCCAUCCACAAUAUACCGCACCAAUCUCCAGUAUCGGAGCGUGCGCCGGACCUUCAACCGGAGGAGCGACUCAGCCCCCGAGCAGAGAUGCGGCUGGCUUUGGAUCAGGGGACGGACGUGCUGGCGCAGCAGGAAGCGAGAAAACAGGCUGGCGGGUCAGACCCCUGGUCGUUUCGCGCGGCCUGUCAGCGGUCGCUUCUACGUCGGGUGGCGAGCGCGGACGCCGUGACACUAUGCCGCGCUCAAACCCGCCGCACCGCGCCGCAUACUACUUCGCGCAGUUCUGUAUAUGCUUGGAAAGUUCCAGAAAGCGAGAAACUUACGGAGAUGGAGCAACUGGCGCGAGUGGAAGCUCAGACGAUGCGUUCGCGGACGCGCUCUCUAUGCCAGAACGGGAAGAUAUUGGGUUUCCUUCGGCGUCGAGCCUCCUCCGAUAGUCCACGCCGCGAGCCCCUGCUGCUCGGUACGCGCCCAUUCUCCCCCCGACGAUCUACAGUGAGCAAUAAUGAUGGCUAUUAUAAGAUUUGCUUUGUCAACGGCAAUGUGUGAAUGGGACAGGACGGUACGUCAGAGUCGCACGUCCGUUAUCUUGAGACUGGCAAAUUUCGAGCGCCAAAACGAUCUUAGAACAUCUUAAGUCGCUAUGAACACCUACAGUGGCAUAUUUCACAAUAGUGACAAUUGUUGCCCGACAGAGACACUUCACCGAUCAUUGUCUUCAACAAGGAAAUAUUGAAGCUGAAUGUUACUUAUCAACCCAGAAAUAGGCACAGAAUUGUCAGUGUCAAGUGUCAAAUAGCCCAUAGGUGUUACCGUACUUAAACACUGACAAAGUAACCUUCGGCCUUUCAAGUCAACUAAGGCGUCGUGCCCACACCGUCAUGGUAUAAUGGUGCCCUUUUUAAUCCUAAAUUAAAAUCAACCUGACAACAAAUAACUACCAACUUGGUAUAAUGCCAUUGCCACCAUUUGUGUAACAAAUUGUCAGUGCCAGAUGACAAUUGUCAAGUUGGUAUAAUUAAUAUACAUUCAUAUUAUACCGACUUGACAAUUGUUAAUUGAAACUAGACAAUUUGUCAGAUCGGUAUAGUAACUGCAUCUACGGUAAAUUCUACAGUAAAAAUACUAUUAGAGGCUAUGGUUGUUGAUACUUUGGAUGGACAUAUAUGCACAAGUACUUUCAAGAAAUCAUUCCGUCGAGGACGUGCGAAUCUGACGAUGUUUUAAAAAAAGCUUUGCGAUACCCUGCACGCCUCAAGCUUUUGUGCCUGUAUGAAAGGACAUUACGAGUCAUACAUGGACUGGAAAACUAAAGAUGUCCCCUUUUUCUGAAUAUUACGAAUUUUACGAGAAUAUUACGAGUUUUUUAUUUCAAAUCGAAAAUUUUAACCAAUAUUUUGAAAUCAUAGGCGAUUCUAAACUUCGUACCUACCGUAAGUAUCAGAAAAAGGAAAAGCUAUUUAGAAACAAUUUUUGCCGUUCAUGACUCUUUUGGAGACUGCACACUGGGUUUAGAACAAACGCCAGCAAUUUGUUUCUUACCAUAUCUAUCAAAACAAUUUGUUUGACAGUUAAUACCUAUUUGAAUACCUAUCAAUUUCCCUUGAACACGUAGUUGACACCAUUUUGUGAUUUACACGUAACAUUAGUUGCACCAACGAAAACCAAAGUGACCAUUUUAAAAGCCUUUUUGAUAGUGCUAGGUUACGAGAUGGUCACUUAAAAAUCAAUGGUUCACGAUGACACGGCGUUCUUGCACUCUUAAGAGGAAUAUAAGAUUCCAUUUAUAUGUCAAGGGAAAGGGCGAAACUUUUUAAAUAGUUUCAAUAUGUGUGGUCUCCUGUGCGGGCACAGACUUAGUUAUGUCCCUUUCUGAAAAUUGUCAUAAGCUAAUCGUUUUUAUUGGCGUUACGCUGUCCUUUUGUUAACUGUACCUAUAAUAAAAUAGACAAUAACCUCACAGCUGUUAGAUAUGGAGUGAAAACAAGAACUUACUUAAAGAACUAUGAAGUUUGACAUGACAUGAUCAAGAAUGGUCACAGGGGUAAAUACAAGUAACUUUUUCCAACUGGUAAUUAGUGUAGUAAUAUUAAACUUCCUUAGUUUCUAAGGUUUGCUUCUUUGAAAAUGUGUAAGAUUAUCAACAUCACAUUGAGUAAUUUGUUUAUGUAUUUGGUUGUUAUAAUUAUACCUAUAUAUUUUUCUGGCACGAACGAAGUGACACUAGCGACUUCAUUCCGAUAUUUAGUUCAUUGAUAACUUACAUUAUAAUAUGUCAUUAAUUCUUGUAAUUAUGUCA